AUGCGGCUCUAUACUCUAGUCUGUCUCUCUGGUUUGGCUCACGCGUCUCUGACUCUUGGCCCCGGAAGCCAAGCGUUCCAGCAUUUAGAUCAGAACUUGGCAGGAGAAGGACGCGCCCUAGACGGUUUGGGCUUACUGAACGGGUUUGGAGGCGACACUCGUGAACACCCUUCGGCAUCCAUAACUUUGCCCUUCGUCCCUACUCUGGCAUUCCCCACAUCUUCAGAUGCAGCAGACGACAAGAAGAAGACAAAGACCUCAGAUUCUACCACUACCUCAACAGGCACUUCCUCCAUCAUAGGGACGCCUUCCCCUCUCACCCCCACCGCCCCGUCUUCCCUCAGCGGAUCGCCAAUUACUUCGCACGCACCCUCAGCAUCCCCAAACAUAACCUCAGCCCCGGUGCCGCCCAACAAUUCCACCGCGUCCUCGGGCACGAGCGAAUGGAAGAUCAUCGGCGUCGCCGUCAUUGCCUUCAGCGUGGUCGCCGCCAUCCUCCUCUUGUCCGUGUUCUUCGACCACUGGUGGCGCUUCGUGCGCGACAUCGUCUGGCGCAAGCGCAAGAAGGUCAGCGACGAGGAGCUCGUGCCCGACUGGGAGAAGGCCGAGUGGGAGCUGCGCCUCGCCAGGGACCCGGAGCUCGCCCGGUACCCGUCUUUUGCGUCGUUCCCUUCGUCUCUACCUUCGGUUCCGAUUGUUCAGCAUGCUGCUCAGGGCCAGACAUCCCACACCCAGGCACCAGUGUCAAGUCCGAUGCCGCCUCAGAGUGCGCUAGGACGGAGUGCGUCGAGGAGGGAGGCGCAGACAAAGGCCCUGGAGAGAGGAGUUGGCGACCAGCAGGAGCAGAGGUUGGCUAGGCGCAUGUCGGUCUCCAGACAACAUCAACACCCUGCCUCGAGCGCUGGCAUCGCUGGGGUCGGAACUGGACUCGGGCUAGGACGCGUGGACAGCGUGAAGAAGGAUGCAAGGGCGCACUCGACUCCGCAGAAGGCGGAUGCCGGAAGGACGUCUCCUAGGCGGAAGUCAACUCAGCCUGGACGCGCGGGAGCGGUCAAGGAAGAAGACCCUUUCGCCGACGUGCAUUCGCCUACGUUGAUGCCUGAGGACGUUUAUGGCGGCAUCGAGUGA